GCCUAGAGCAACUAUCGUUCUCCUUCACAUCCGAUCAUUUUCGCCGUUUCCUCUUUUGAGUUGUUGUUUUCUUCUACACAUAUAAAUUUCUCCUCCGAUAUCUACAAAUCUGUCGUUGAAUUGCCAACACCAUGGCCUCAACUGUUGAGCUCGCAUCCUCGUUCAUCGAAGGUGCCCCGCCAGGCGAGCUCGCCGAUGUCAUUGCUGACGUGAAGACUCUUACCUCCGAUGGUGAAGAUAUUAUUCCUUCGCUUGCGCCCGCAUUCGAACGAUACAAUGAGAAGCAACUGACGACGGUUAAGCUGCCUGGGGCUAGUCAGGAGGUCAUUGUCAGUGAAUUCAACAAGUUGGAGGAUAACCGAUACUUUGAUGUGGAAAGUCAGACAUCGUUUGAAGUUGAUCAUGUCACUCAGGAAGCGUCUGGAGCGCAGUCAUAUGUAUUGGAAUCGCAGAAUGCUGAUUUGAUCAAAUCCCUACUCAAGUCGCUUGCUGCGCAUGCCAGUGAACACUACCCCAGCUGCUCUUAUGGAGUAUACCCGAUCGAGGAUGAUUCUGCUGUUGCCAUCGUGCUCGUUGCAAACCGAUACUCGCCAAACAACUUCUGGAAUGGUCGAUUCCGUGCCGUUUACCAAGCCCCCGUUUCGUCGUCUACCACCGUGACCGGCAAGAUCCAGGUCGACGUCCACUACUACGAAGACGGCAACGUGGCCCUCAACACCAACAAGCCGAUCAGCCUUUCGAUUCCCUCGAUCUCUGCCGAGAGCAUCAUCUCUCGCAUUGCUGCUGCGGAACGUGACUACCAGGAAGACCUUAACCGGGCGUUCGUGCAAAUGAGCGAAGGAGCCUUCAAGGGCCUGCGGAGACAAUUGCCAAUCACACGGCAGAAGGUGGAGUGGGAGAAGGUCGGAGGAUAUCGGUUGGGACAGGACAUUGCGGGGGGCAAGGGGCGGUAAGCUUUAUCGCUUGUUGCUUGUUGUGGGUUAGAAUGUAGAUAUUCUGGAUGGCGAGGAAGACGGAAUUGAUUUGAUGUUAGCGAUAG